AUGUCCUCCACUCCUUCUUCCGCCUCUACAAACCAGCCGGCGUCGGACAUCCAUGAAGUCACCGAAGCAGCACCUGGUCCAGUCUUCCAAAAGGCCCCUGAAGCCCCCAAAGCCACAUCUAGCUUGUCGAAGAGACCUACCAAUGAAUGCUUCGCCAGUCUAGUCACCAAGAAGAUUUCUUUGCCUGAUGAAGAUCUCGGUCUCUUCUGGAUUUUCCAUGGGUUCAUCAACACCAACCGAGUCUGCGACACUAACGACAAGGCUGGCUCUGAUAUACAGAGUCGCGUUCUUAUCAAGCUUUGGUUCUUUGGCGACAAGUACCUUGCUCCUGCUUUUCAGGAAAUGGCUAUGGAUUGUCUGAUCAAGAGGAUCAACGAGAAUGGGUUGAAGACGAAAGUUGUGAUUGACAAUAUCUACAACAACACGAUGUCAGGCUCGCCGUUGAGAAAGGUUGUGGUGGAUUGGCAGACGUAUGUUAUCAACACGACUAAAGAGAAACUCGCGGAGUGGCCUAUGGAGGCUUUGGUUGAUUUGACCGUCGCUCAGUCGAAUAAGAGGAUGGAUCAGAAUCACAUCAAGAAAUUACCUGGAGGCAAGUGCUUUUAUCAUGUUCAUUCAGAGGGGGAGCAUUGCCAAAUCUGA